UGAAAUUUAUUUAUAAGUUAAAAAAUAAAAGUAGAUUAAUUAAAUAUGCAGUGACGCCAAAAAGAACACUAUGCCAUAAAAGUGAUCAUAGAGGUCUUGAAUAUCGAAUAUUUUCAGUGAUACAUGUGUAGGGCUAUAGUGUAGUAGGGCCGAGUAGGGCCUAUUUCUCUUGUUGAAGGAAUUACGGAGUUUACGUUACGACUUGAAGAGCGAUGCGUUAAUUCCGUAGUUACCAUAGCAAACUAACUAGGCUAUACAAGGGGGGAAAGCAGAGGACGUUAUUAUAACCAGCGAAUAAGGUAAUAUCAUCCUUAACGCUUCUGAUUUUGAACAUGCAAAUAAAUUAGGAAUACUAGUUUUACAUUUUGAAUAUAUAAUGACAUGAUGAACCCUUAAAAAUCCUGCAAUCUUGAGUCGGCCAUUAAAACAAAUAACUUUUUGACAUUAUAAACACAUUUAAAGAAAUCGCAUUUGAAUCACCCUGUCGACGAAGAUGGCAAGUCCGCAAACAACCGAACAGCCCCCGCCGCAUAUUGACCCGACACAAGCGCCGGUCGCUUUCGGGAACUGGGCGCUUCCAAAGCUGAUCAUGGAACUGCAAGACGUCAAGCUGUUUACCCGGCAGAGGGCGCUCGCUGCUCUCUGCGAACUCGUCCAUGACAGCGAGCGCGCAUAUGAAGCCAUUCUCAGUGGAUGUAUGGAAAGACUCAAGGUUUUGCUGCAAGAUGAGGAUAACUUAGUCAGGGUCAAAACUACUGAAGUGCUUUAUGUGCUUGCUUCACACAGCUUGGGAAGAGAUGCCUUUUUAAAAUUUGACAUUGUGGGUCCCCUUGCAAACCUGUUAGAGGACCCUGACAAUGCCUGUCGUAAAAAUGUGCACCAGGCACUCAAUAGGAUCGCUGAAUUUCCCUCAGGAGCAGUAUUUAUGGUGUGUAUGGGGCUGGUGCCCAGAUUGGUGCUGAAGGUCUCAGAUGAAGAAGAGAACAUCCGUGCUUUAAUUCUCUCCACAUUAAGCUCCUGUGUGAGUGUGAAUGCCCUGCCUGCACUGGAGAGUGAUGUGAUCCCGGUCCUGAAAGAUCAGCUGUCUCACCCGUCCCCCGCCAUCCGCCAGGCAGCCACAUCUGCCUUAAUGGGAAUCAGUGUGCCUGCAGAUGGGAAGAUGAAGGUGUGUGAGGAGGAUCUUCUGACCAUGUUGGUCAAGUUGUUGUCAGAUGAGGACCAAGGGGUUGUCGCUAAUGCUGCAGGGACGAUUAUGUACACAGCUGUUAUCACUAAGGGUAAAUACGAAGCACUGGACGCAGGUGCCAUCGCCCCUCUGAUGCGGCUGGUGGUCAGUGAGAAUAUAGCAGUGUGUGCCAAUGCCCUCCGUGCCCUUACAGUCCUAGCAGAGGUUCCUAGGGCCCGGGCACAGAUGCUGGAGCAUGUGCCUCUGCUGAAGUCUAGACUCACACACCCUAAUUCCAUCAUCCAGAGAGCUGCCUCCACUGCCAUUGAAGUCAUUUCCUGGAAACCAUGAGGAAGAGUUCUCCUGAUAAGAUAUAAAUAAAACUAAAUGAGUAACCACUUAAAACACACUAAUUUAAGAAAAUGUCAUGAGUAUUAAUUUAAAAGAACAGAAUAAAAAUAAUAAUGAAGAAUUCUG